AUGCACAAAGCAAGCUUAUCGGCGAGCAUAAGCAGCCUGACCAACACAAUUAUUGGUUCAGGCAUGCUGGCCCUGCCUAGUGCAUUUGCCACAAUGGGUUGGUUUUUGGGCAGUUUUUUUAUCUUGUUUUGUGCAGCUACGACACUCUUUGGCCUCGUUCUUGUGAAACUUUCUUGCGAUAAAAUUGACAAAAAAGCCAGCGGAUUCUAUGAUCUUAUGUUUCGCAUCAAUCCAUAUAAAAUGUGGAUUAUUGACUUGGUCAUUGGUGUCAAAUGCUACGGUGUUACUAUAUCGUACUUGAUUAUUGGGGGGACGCUUAUGCCACAAGUCGUCCUGAGCCUUUCUAACUCGCUUGGCAUAAGCUCUGCGCAAGUGCCUAAUAUAUUAAUCAACAAGUACUUUUGGUACAUGGUCGUGGUGUCCUGCAUGAUCCCCAUCUGCUCCGUUCGUCACCUCAAGUCACUUAGUAUGGUUGGAUAUCUUAAUAUGAUGGCCGUUGCCUAUAUUGUGGCAAUCAUGACCUACUUUUCCUUGGCACCUGACUCUUGGCAUUUGCUGCCGAUGCCAGGUCCAGUCGUGGCCGUUAAAUGGGGCAAAGAAGCCCUGCGCACGUUUCCCAUUAUUUUGUUCGCCUACACAUGCUCCCAAAACAUUAUUCCCGUGUACAAUGAGCUCUACAAUAGCACGCUAGAGCGUACAUCUAUCGUGACGUUCACAUCUGUGCUAUCUUGUGCUUUUGUAUACCUUUUUGUGGGUCUUGUGGGUUACUUUUCGUUUGGGGCCCACGUAGGCAAUAAUGUGAUGGCCAUGUAUCCUGAUAAGGGCCUCUUUGUAGGCCUGGGAAAACUAUGUGUCGUGCUUCUUGCCAUCACGAGCUAUCCAAUGCAGUUGUACCCAUCACGGGCGAGUCUUUUGAGUCUGUCUCGCUCUUGGUCGUACAAACCGACGAUACGCACAAAUGAGGACGGCACAGAAGUAGUGCCACUAUUACCGGAAGAGUCACACUCUGUGGUAGACUCAAUGUCAUCACUAUGGUUCUACGGCGUCACUCUCGCAGAAAUCUUGUCCGGCGUACUAAUUGCGCUGCUAAUUGAUGACCUGUCCAUCGUAUUGGGCUUUGUGGGUGCCCUUGGCAGCACAACCAUUUCAUUUAUCGUACCUGCUUAUGUGUACUGCAUGCUUCAUGCUAACGACACCACGCACUGGCUUUACCGCGCAUCACUUGCGCUAGGUGUAUACGGUGUGGUUGUCUUGUUGUUAGCGUUUGGCGCGAAUGUUUACAAGCUUCUCUAA